AUGGUUCGUGCCUUCUCUUCCUCCCAUGCCGACUUCUCUCUCUGUCUCUACGGGGGGGAUGGGUGUUACUUUCAUCUCAGCAGUCAUGCCUUGGAAUUCCCGCUUCCAGGGCAUGUUCACUCUGACCGGGUGGCGCACGAAAAACCGGCCCGCCUCGUAGGCCAUCGUGGGCGUAGGUCUCGGACUCCGUACAGGAAAUUAAACAAAUGCAAAUGCAAAGAUCUGUACUUACCGGAAUUGCAGAGUUCCGAGAUAUCUGGGAUUCGCAAUCCUCUUCAGGUGCCCUUCAUUGGAGUGAGCAGCCCUGAAAUCCUGCUUUUCACCGACACAGUGACUGUUUCUCACAGUGUGUCGGACAUCUCAAAUGUCCGAGUGACGUUGCAGCAGACUUCCCAUAAUGACUCCAAAACGCACAAAGGUACCCACAAUGAUGGAGGAAGUGCUGUCGCUCUCUUCAGUUCUUCGGAGGAGAACAGAAAGCCGAAUCCCAGUUUGUUGCAGGCAAACUUUGGGAGCAUAAUUACAAAACCUUGCACGUCUGUAACCUCUUCUAGUCAGGCUGAUUUCUUCAUUCUCCCUGAUGUGCCAUCUUCAUGUUCUUCGUCUUCGUCCCACCCAAAGCUUUCCCCGAGUCCCGCAGAGAAGCUCAGAUUCACCUCCGAGGAUCCUAGUGUUGUGAUCACAAGCUCAAAUGUGCCAAACAUCUCCUCUCAGUCUUCUGUGAUUGCCUCCUUAUUGGAAGGUAGUAUCCUUGACCCGGUCAGUAGCGAAGCCAAAAUUCACAUUACCAAAUACCCCGUGGACCCAGCCAAGAUGGUGAAACUGGAACGACAAUCAUCGACCGAUCUGCCCGUCGUCACGAGUGGCAGCAGCAUAGCCAUUUCCAUCGCGAAGCCUCAUAAAAUAACGGAACGGAUGGACACGCUUCCACCGGUUCAUAAAACCUUCACUUCAUCCAAUGUCGACUCGUUAAAUUUGCAUUUCGAGCCGGCGCUGAGUGCUGUCCAGACUCCUCCCGACACAACUUCCAGUGUCGGUGAGAAAUCUUUGUUGACGCCGACGAGUAGCAUUGACAGUGAAGGAGGGUUCUUCCUCAGCCCAGAUGUGACUGUACCAACUCCACCUGAAUCUGUGUUUGGAGACGACUUGGCAUCUACAAGUGUAACCACAGCGAGCGGACAAUACGACUCAGUGCGCAUGCGCAGCUUUCCGCGUGGAUCGGGGUGCCAGUGUACGGCUAAAGCUUUCACUUCCCUUCCAGCCCUCGAGGAUGACUGA